AUGUUGCAACGGCUACUUGCUUUAGCUCGAGUCUCAAAUACAAAAUUUGUAUCCGCGUCACCAGGAAAAGCUCCGCCCGGCGCAAAAGCAACCUUUGGAGGAACCAUAGUCGCUCAAUCGUUAUGGGCAGCUCUCAAGACCACUGCAUCUGCCUUUGAGCCCUCGUCCUUACAGUGCUAUUUCCUAAUAGGCGGAGAUCCCAAGGAGGGCAUCGUGUACGAGGUAGAACUCUUGAGAGACGGUCGAAACUUUGCUCACCGCCAAGUGCGGGCCUACCAGUUUGAAAAGCUUAUAUUCGUGGCUACCAUCCUGCUACACCAUGCAGAUCCCUCCAAGCCGGACCAGCAAUCGCCUUCUACCGAUGGUAUACAGUACUUGAAGCGUGCCUCAGGUUUCCCAGAUUUACAGCAGAUGGUUCCAGCUUCGCAGCUGUUCAGGUCUGAAGUGGUUGGGAAACAAGAUAGAUACCAUAAUCUCAACGAAUCCUGGAGCGACCCCCGUAAACUUGACCCUUUCAUCGAGCGGUUUGAGACCGGCGUCAUUGACUACCGAUUUCCCCAUGAUCUUUUCAACUCCUCCGAUUUCCACGAUUGCGGCAAGCUAUCACACCUUUCGCAUUUAGACUACUAUCAACGCGUGAGAGACUUAGCCAGCGAAAGUCCAGAGGAAUAUGACCCGCGGUUCCAAUACGUGGAGUUUGCGUAUUUAUCAGAUGCGUACUUGCUCCUCUGUUUGCCUUACUUUCACUUGCUGCCUCUUUAUUGUCACAAGUUUAGUGUCUCAUUGGACCACUCCAUUUAUUUCCAUAAGCGUCCUAAUGUGCACGAUUGGUUAGCCGUCAGAGUCGCGAAUCCACGAUCGAACAAGAGCAGGCAUCUUGUCCAGGGGGAAUACUAUGACACUAAUAAGGAUUUGGUAGCUUCGGUGAACCAAGAAGGGCUUGUCUUGUAUGACAGCCCAUCAUCCAUUCGGGCUCGAUUUUGA